GUAGACUAAUUACAAUAUCAUAAACCUUCAUAUCUAGUGAUAUAACAUGGUGAGAUUUAUCUCCUCUCAAAAUGCACCCCUCUCUCUAUUGUUUUCAUUUGUAAUCAUAUUAAAUAUAAAUAUAGUAAUAUGUGAGACAAAUACUUCUUGCAACCAAAAAGACAAACAAAUACUUCUCUGUUUUAAACAUGGAAUCAUUGAUCCAUUAGGCAUGUUGGCAACAUGGUCCAACAAAGAGGAUUGUUGUAAAUGGAGAGGAGUUCAUUGUAACAUAAAUGGCAGAGUCACAAAUAUCAGUCUCCCUUGUUCCACUGAUGAUGACAUCACCAUUGGGCACAAAAAGAACAAAACACAUUGCCUAACAGGUAAAUUUCACCUUUCUAUAUUCGAGCUUGAAUUUUUAAACUACUUGGAUUUGAGCAACAAUGACUUCAACACUAUACAAUUGUCGUUGGAUUGUCAAACCAUGUCAUCAGUUAACACUUCUCAUGGGAGUGGAAACUUUUCCAAUGUUUUUCAUCUUGACUUGUCUCAAAAUGAGAAUCUUGUGAUUAAUGAUUUGAGAUGGCUUCUUCGUCUCUCAUCAUCCUUACAAUUUAUCAACCUGGAUUAUGUUAAUAUCCACAAGGAAACACAUUGGCUUCAGAUAUUGAAUAUGCUUCCUUCACUUUCUGAGUUAUAUUUGAGUAGUUGCUCACUUGAAAGUUUGAGCCCGUCUCUUCCAUAUGCCAAUUUCACUUCACUUGAAUAUCUUGAUCUUUCUGGAAACGAUUUCUUUUCUGAAUUGCCUAUAUGGUUGUUCAAUUUAAGUGGCCUUUCUUAUUUAAAUCUUAAGGAAAAUAGUUUCUAUGGCCAAAUACCAAAAGCUUUAAUGAAUCUUAGAAACUUGGAUGUGUUGUCUUUGAAAGAAAACAAGCUAAGUGGAGCAAUUCCUGAUUGGUUCGGCCAACUUGGAGGUCUAAAAAAGCUUGUUCUCUCUUCUAAUUUAUUUACUAGUUUUAUUCCCGCUACUUUGGGGAAUCUGUCAUCCUUAAUAUACCUUGAUGUUUCCACAAAUAGCUUGAAUGGAAGCCUUCCUGAAUGUUUGGGGAAACUAUCAAAUUUGGAGAAGUUAGUUGUUGAUGAAAAUCCUCUAUCUGGAGUUCUAUCUGAUAGAAAUUUUGCUAAGCUCUCAAAUUUACAAAGAUUGUCGUUUGGUUCACAUUCCUUUAUCUUCGAUUUUGAUCCCCAUUGGAUUCCCCCUUUUAAACUUCAAAAUCUACGCUUAAGCUAUGCCGAUCUUAAACUUCUUCCAUGGUUGUACACACAAACAUCUCUCACCAAAAUUGAAAUAUACAACUCCUUGUUUAAAAAUGUAUCACAAGACAUGUUUUGGAGUUUGGCAUCACAUUGUGUAUUUCUUUUUUUAGAGAAUAAUGACAUGCCUUGGAACAUGUCAAAUGUGUUGCUGAACUCUGAAAUUGUAUGGCUGAUUGGAAACGGUUUGAGUGGUGGCCUUCCUCGACUAACUUCAAAUGUGAGUGUUUUUGAGAUAGCCUAUAACAAUUUGACUGGAUCUCUUUCUCCUCUCUUAUGCCAAAAAAUGAUAGGAAAAAGCAAUUUGAAGUACUUGAGUGUCCAUAAUAACCUAUUAUCUGGAGGGCUCACUGAAUGUUGGGUAAACUGGAAAUCCCUUAUUCAUGUUGGUCUAGGAGCAAAUAAUCUAAAAGGCAUAAUUCCACACUCCAUGGGUUCCUUAUCAAACCUUAUGUCGUUGAAAAUUUUUGAUACUAAGUUGCACGGGGAGAUACCUGUGUCAAUGAAAAAUUGCCGAAAACUCUUGAUGCUUAAUCUUCAGAACAACUCUUUUUCAGGACCUAUACCAAAUUGGAUUGGAAAGGGUGUGAAAGUUCUUCAAUUGAGUUCAAAUGAAUUUAGUGGUGAUAUUCCUUUACAAAUAUGCCAACUAUCCUCUCUUUUUGUUUUAGAUCUCUCAAAUAAUAGAUUAACCGGAACGAUACCUCAUUGUAUACAUAAUAUCACAUCCAUGAUUUUCAAUAAUGUUACGCAGGAUGAAUUUGGAAUCACAUUUAAUGUUUUCGGUGUCUUUUUUCGAAUUGUUGUUUCGUUACAAACAAAGGGCAACCACUUAUCCUAUAAAAAGUAUAUACAUAUCAUUGGCCUUUCCAAUAACCAAUUGUCGGGUAGAAUACCUUCAGGAGUAUUUAGACUCACUGCAUUACAAUCCAUGAACUUGUCACAAAAUCAAUUCAUGGGAACCAUACCAAAUGAUAUUGGAAACAUGAAACAGUUAGAGUCCCUUGAUCUGUCAAACAACACACUUUCAGGAGAAAUUCCUCAAACCAUGUCGUCUCUUUCUUUUCUUGAGGUAUUAAAUCUCUCGUUCAACAAUUUGAAGGGUCAAAUCCCAUUAGGAACCCAACUCCAAAGCUUUACACCACUUAGUUAUAUGGGAAAUCCUGAACUUUGUGGAACUCCACUCAUUGAAAAAUGCAAACAGAAUGAAGCCCUUGGUGAGGACAUAAAUGAUGAGGAAGGAUCCGAGCUAAUGGAAUGUUUCUAUAUGGGCAUGGCAGUUGGAUUUUCAACAUGCUUCUGGAUAGUUUUUGGUACCCUUUUAUUUAAGAGGACAUGGAGGCAUGCUUACUUCAAUUUUCUUUAUGAUGUCAAAGACUGGUUUAUGUCAAGAUGGACCUGAAGUGCACUAUUUCACUUGAAACUUUCAAUGUGGUACGCAUCAAUCAUGUCAUGGACUUGUGUUCUUUGCGAUUCUAAUGGACAUUCCCUGUACUUCGGAGUAUCUUUCAGUUAUGGUGUUUAAUAAACUCCAGUGGCCUCUUUUCAUUAAAGAAAAAGUUCUAGUUGCAUCUUUCAAUUGUUUACAACAUUCCAUGUGACUUAAGUUUAUUGUGAAUUGUAAAAUAAAACAAGUACCAUAUGAGGAGUAAUAUGUAAUUUAGAACUAUGCAGUGACCUUGAAGACCAUACCUUUCAGAAAUGAUUACCCAGUUUAGUGGCAUAGGAUCCACAAAUUGACCACUACAUCUAUUAAUGUUAUGACCUUCAAGACCAUACCUUGAGCAAUGAAUGAUAGCGUUAUAAACUUAGUGUUAUAAGUUUUUAAUU